AGGAUGUUGCCCUUAAAGCUGAAGACGUUGACUUCCUGUGGUAGGAAACGAUCAAAGAAUGGACAAAAGUCGGUCCAGACACCGUGUUCCCAGCACUUGCAGAGUGCGGGUCACAGCAGCAGCAAGAUCAGCAGCAAAGCUUCCAGGGGUGACCCCUGCUAGAUUAUUCAUGCUUGGAAGUGACUGGCAAUUUGGAGCCCCACUGGAGGAAUAUGACAUAAAGAACACUUGCUUCUGAACGAGUUUGUCCAGCAGAGACAUGUCCAAUGACAGCUGUGGCCUUCCUUUGGACACAGACGUACUUGGCCUGACUUGCAUAUACGGCUUGGUGUUCUCCUUGGGCCUGCCCAGCAACCUGCUAUCGCUAUGGGGACUGUACCACUUGGGCCGCGGUAAUGGUAGUUGCCAGCAGGUCUACAUUCUCAAUCUGCUGCUGUCCGACCUCCUGCAGCUGCUCACCCUUCCCUUGUGGAUCCUGUACCUCCAGGGCAACCACCGCUGGCCCUACGGUCGACUCACGUGUGAGCUGGUAGGCUAUGUGUUCUACGUCAAUGUCUAUGCCAGUGUCAUGUUCCUGUGCCUGAUAGCGCUGGACCGCUGCCUGGCCAUCGUGUUCCCGCUGAGCAGCCGUAGGGUGAGGACGGUCAGGGUGGCCGCAGUUUCAGGCGUGGCGGUGUGGACACUUACGUUUCUCUUCUGCCUGUUUGGACUCUUGCCGUCUGUUUUCAACCCGGACCGACUGCUGUGUCUGGAGCAGUACCCAGUCAGCCUCAGACACGCUCACUUCAAGAUCACCACUGUGGCUCUGGGCUUCCUGUUGCCAUGCGCCAUACUUGGCUACACUUCAGCCCACAUUGGAGUGACUCUGCGCCGCUCUCCCACCCUGUCGGCCCAUGAGCGUCACAAGAUCGUGGGCAUCCUGGUGGUCAUCACAGUCAACUUCAUCGUCGUGUUCGGACCCUACCACCUGGUGGGUGGCUACAGAUUUGCAUCCUUGCUGUGGGCCAACGAGCCGUGCGCACUGGAGCGCGCUAUCUUCCUGCUCUACCGCCUGUGCUACGGGUUGACCAGCCUCAACGCGCUGCUCGAUCCCCUCUUCUACAUCUUUUUGUGCGCCGACGCCCGGCUGGAGCUGCGGAAGGCACUGCCCUGCUCAGGGCGAGGCCAAAACAUUCACAAAAAGACCACUACAGCUCACCAGGAUGCCAAGGGACAUCGGGAAAGUGGACAUAAUAAUCUUUUUGUAACGUAGAUCAGGUGUGUGG